AUGGCUUCCCGUUAUACCAGUCUAAAAAAGGACACCACGACGCGAAAUCGGAGCUGGAGAUCCCUUUGCCUGGACACAUGGUUUCCCGAGAUAUUUGCCACGGUAUUUAGCAUCGCAUGCUUCAUUGCAAUAUGCAGCAUUCUCUAUUCCUUCAACCAAAAGAGCCGACCCGAACUUCAACAUGGUUUAUCGUUGAACGCCAUUAUCUCUAUGUUGGCAACGGGCUGCAAAUCAUCAUUGAUCUUUGUCAUAGGAGAGACUAUGGGUCAGCUGAAAUGGUCUUGGUUCUACGAAAACCCCCACAAACUUCUCGAUAUACAAACACUUGAUAGUGCCAGCCGAGGACCCCUUGGUUCAAUUGCGACCUUUUUUUCAGAAAACGAGACGAUCACUCGCUUCUUUCGUUAUCCCACUCGGUUGGUUGCUAUGCCUAAUGGUAAUCCAACAGCGAAGAGGUUAGAAUUCUUUGCUCCCGAUAUGGAAUAUGACUUUGUCUACACCUCGGGGUUAUGGUCUGAUGAUACCAUGCUGAGCCCUAGUUGCCCGUCAGGGAAUUGCACCUGGUCAAAGUUCCGUUCCAGUGGAAUGUGUAGCCAGUGUUCUGAUAUCACGAACUCUAUGAACCUCGAAUGUGAAAACACAGGGAAUAUUUCCCAUCCCAUUCAAGAAAUCAAUGAAACAAGUCAAUUGAUUAAUGUGACAUGUCACCUUACCCCUCCACAAGGAAAUCCGACCCAAUUCACCCAAACAUUCUAUUUUUCAUCAUUAUCCGAGUCGUCAUAUAAAACGAGCGGAGUUUCUUGCAACAUAUUUUCGGCCUGGGACCCUAAUGACAUGUCCUCGAGAUUGGGUUAUACCGGGAGCCGACCGUUUACAUGGCCAGGCAAUCCGCUGGUGGUCGUUGCAUAUGUUGAAACAGGUUAUAAUGAGGAUUAUCUCCACUCGGAUUUCAUUAGUGGAAUUAAAGUUGAAAAGGCAACGGAGUGUAGCCUUGAGCUUUGUCUUCUCGAAAAUGAAAUAUCUGUUGAAAAUGGCACCCCAGAUAUGAUUACCUCAGUCCUCGAUUACGGCGAAUUAUUUUGGAGAAGCCGUCCUACUCCCUCGGCCCCGUGGGAAAAAACGCUCUGUUGGAAACCGACAUCUGGCCCGUCGGAUACUAUAAUAUUUGAAAAUUCGGAUCCUACCGAGAUGGAUGUUGAGUUAAGUCCAGUUGAGUUUGCCUUUUGUGGUAUUUCCUAUAAGGUAUCAAUACCCGAGAACGUAUUUGAGGGAUCUGUGUCUAAGGACUAUAUUCGGCGGUCCGACGGCUCUCUCGAAUCUGGACCUCCUUUUGGCGAUCCUAAUACCCUUCGUAUUGGCUCAGUCGGUCUUGACCUUAUCAUGUCUAACGUUACCAAACAUAUGAACAAGGAAGCAUUGCGGAUCAAUGGCUCGGAUGUGCACGGCAUCACAUUUGCCAUCGAGGUGUUCGUGGAGGCUCAGUGGCUCUGGUUGAUCCUUCCGAUCAUACUAGUGGUCUCGGGGACCAUUUUUAUUACGCUAGUGAUUCUUGAAAACAGAAAGAGUGGCAGGAGUUUAUGGAAAUCGUCUGUACUGGCAUUUUUCUAUCACGGACUACACAAAGUUGACAAUGAUUGUAUGCCCGCUAGUUUUAUGGAAAGAAAAGCUGAAGAAUUGGUGGUUCAGCUUCAGGCAUCUGGCGAUCAUGGGGACCUGAUGCUACAAGAAGAGAAGAGCUAG